GAUAGGAAAAGAGAAGCAGGUCAUCAUCAUGGAAAAGUUAGGCACUCAGGGAUUCCUUAUUGUUUACAUCCUUCCAGCGCGUAGCAGUGGGGGCGGGCAGGAUCCACCCUCAUUCUUUCGAGUUUACGUCAUUGUUACUGUGUUUUUUGUGAAUGAAAGAAUCCAACCCCACCGAACAGAGUAAUUCCGGGAAAAGGCGGACUGACAUUUUGUCGCUUGAAUCACUUCGACUGAACACCGCAUUUGACGUUUUUCUGUUUCAGCCUUUAUUUCUACAAUUGUGUAGACAGCACAACGACUGGCAGCUGGUACUCCCAAACGACACAGCCAAGGACAAACUGUCUAAUAAUCUGUGUUAACUGGUGUCACAGACACAGGACAAAGCCAAACCAUGACAUCAGAAAGAAGCAGCAAAGCUCUAAAGGUGAAGCGGGAGUGUGGUGAGAAUGUUCCGGUGUUGUCAGACAGUGAGCUGAUGUCCUUGUCUGUACGGGAACUGAACCUGCACUUGCGAGGCCUGUCCCGCGAGGAGGUCCAGAAGCUCAAGCAGCGCCGGCGCACCCUGAAGAACCGGGGCUACGCGGCCAGUUGCCGGGUGAAGCGCGUGUCGCAGCGCGAGGCACUCGAGCAGCAGAAGAAGGAGCUCCAGAGGGAGGUGGAGAGGCUGGGGGCGGAGAAUGCAGGAAUGAGGAGAGAGCUUGAGGGCCUGGGGGCCAGACUGGCAGCCCUGCAGAGGUUUGCCCGUGGUUUAGAGUCCGGAGGGGGCAACCUCUUAGCUACAGCUCCACGCCUCAAUACAGCCUCAGUCAUUACCAUAGUGAAGACCCCACCACAGGCACACGCCCAGAGAGAGCAGGGGGGGUCCUAGGAGGAACAGAACGGGCUUGGGGACUCACACAUUCAUAUAGACACACGCAUGCACGCAUGGAGAGAGCAGGAGGAUUUGAGGAAAACCAACAAAUAGGCACUUAUGAAACUCUCAUGCGCUUAGGACACACACACACACACACACACACACACACGUGAGGAUAUUCACAGUCAGUGACGAACACUCAACCCAGCCAACACACACACACACGCACAUAACACAGGUGUGGACUUGAGGAAACAUGGCCGUUUAUGAAUCCGACUAAAGCAUGACAGAAGUGCAAAACAGGGACCCUGACACAGACACCAUCCUUUGACAAAGCCAGUCUAGCUGCUGGUGCUCUCUGAUACUGCUACUCAACAGGCCAAGUCACUUUGCCUUCUAGCAUGGCAUUUAGCCCACCAACACAAUGCCUGGGUUAAUCAGACUCUUCCGCAGCUUCUUCCAAUGCAAGCUUUGAGUUUAAACGGCAUCACAAUUGACAUCUGUACUUGUCUUGGAGUGUUGUUCCUAUGUGCUCCUUGUGUGUGUCGAUACUAUUGUGCUUCACUUUGUUGCCGUAUGCAGUGACCACAUGGGUGUUCUUCAACUGUACCACAGUGCACAUUUUGCUUUGUUCAACAAAAAAAUGCUUUGGUUGCAUCUAGACUCCCCAACUCGAAUAAGUUGGUAAUUGCUGGAAACAUAGUCGAAAAACCCACAUCUCGUAGAAUGCUAUGUCAAUGCAAAAAUCUGUUGAUACAUUCCUUUAUCUAUUAUUUUGUAAUGUUUAUACAAGAGACACAAAUGUUUUUGCGAACAUUUAUUCAGAGGUAUUCUAUUUUAUUUGUAUUUAAAGAAUAGAUAUUACAAAAGCUAAUGAGUGCUGUGAUGUAAUGUAUGUUUCAAAUACCUGCGUAUGACUAGUUUGGGGAAAUCUUCACAUCUAAUUGUUGUACUGAGUGUGUGACGAUUAUUUUUGUAAUGUUUAACUGUCGUAAUGAGCUGUUUAGAUAUGCUAAAAACAGAUGGUCAUGUUGCUGUAAGAUGAUUUUAGUAUGCGUGUACACCAUAUUUGUACUAAUUUCAUAGUGAGUCGAGUGGCUUGUUGUAACGGAUAUUAUUUUUCUAUCAAGUACCAAGGUGAUGAUGCGUAUUAUUGUUAUUUAUGAUAAUUAUUAUUUCACGAUUUGUUUUCUGAAAUGGCUUGAGAGGGAGACUAACACUGUAAGGAGAAAGAACCAAGAAAAGAAUAGGAAAGCAAGAAAAGGAUGAGCCAGAGAAAGAAGAGGGGGAACAGGAAAUAGAACGGAAAGAUGUGGUGGUAGAAGAGAGGUUUUGGGAGGUGACCGAGGAUGGCAAAGAGAGACCGAAGAGGACAGAGAUGAUGGUGCUUAAUUCACUUGAAAGCCUUGUAACAUCAAUGAUUUAUCAAUAAACCCCUGAUGACUCCACUAGACUGGGGUUGAUGCGACCUUUGAAAAUAAAAGCAAUAUGAUUUCAACAGUCAAUGAUAUGACACAUUAUAUUGUGUUGAUAAAUACUCCCGUAAGAUAUAUUUAGCUAUCUUCUCAAUAUCAAUGUUGCAUAGCAGUUAUCCUCUAAUAUCUAAUGUCUCAUCUAAGAUUAUUAAUGUCAAAUUGUGCUGGAUGUUUUGUUAUACCGCAAAACAGAAAUGGUCUUUGUAUUUAUUAUAUGUAUUUUUUCUAUGGUGAAAAUUAAGUAUAUUGUCUAUUUUAUAUAUUAAUAAUUGAAAUAAAUGUUGUAUAUAUUG